AUGUCACCUCAGAGUAGGGGGAACUCGAUGCCUUCGGGCUUCUACUCCAAGUCCACGCCUAAUCUACCAACCUUGCGCAUGUACAAUGGAGAGAGCCAGCAGGAAGAAAAGAUUAAGUCUCCUCUCCGAUCCGCUCCCCCUGUAGACCCGCUCUCGCCGGUUUCCAACAGUGCCGUCUCUGAGACGGCCUCUGUGGAAGACUACCAGGACGACUACAAUGACGAUGACGACGAUGACGAGGGUAUGUUUGCCGUAGAGGAUAUAGGCAGUGUGUCUUCGGGCGAGGAAGAGGAGCAUGCGCCUGUAUCUCGGGGUCUCUACACAUCCAAGUCGUAUACACAUCUCCAGCAUGUUCACACAGGGACCGCCCUCUUCCCGCCCUUUUACAAUCGACCGCCGAACCCUCUACCGCCGUCGCCAUCGCUCACCUCGCUCCUCCGCCCUGCAUUCAGCCGGCCAACCUCGAGACCUACAACUCCAGACUCGUCCGAUGUAGAUACCUCCAGGGCUGGCUCGCAUAGCAAUGGGACGAGUACACCCACAUCAAACACAACCAACCUCGCCAACUCGGCACGGCAUGCACCAACAGUCCCGCGCGCCUCACCAAAGGUCCCGACGUACGAGUACUAUGGCUUUGCGCUGUAUCUGGGCAGCUCGGCCGCGUUCCUCAUGUACAUCCUCUGGGCUUACGUGCCAGCGCCAAUGCUGCACCAGAUGGGCAUACACUACUAUCCCAAUCGAUGGUGGGCGCUUGCUGUGCCCUGCUGGCUGGUUGUGCUGGUCAUCUACAUUUAUGUUGCGCUUGCGAGCUACAACACGCGCUACCUCACGCUGCCGCUGAGCAGCUGCGAGAAUUUGGUUGAUGACAGCGCUCAGAUUGCGGCUGUGGACAAGAAGACGGGCCAGAUUGUACGCGAUCCCCGGCUACUGACAGAAAAGCUUCAAGACAAGGACAAGGAAAAUGGCAGCCGAGCAAGUGCGCCUCCGAGUCGCAGAGGCUCAUUGUCUGCAUACCAGUUCGAUGCAUCCAUUGACGUGGAUUGGAAGAGCCUGUGGAGCUUCGGCACAGACGCCGUUCUUGAUGUGCCGAUAGGUGGGGUUUGCGAAAUACUGUAUGGGAGCGACGAGUAG